AUGUCGGCUCCAGGGAGCGGCUUUCUCGGCCGCUCAAGCAGCAGCAAUGCCAACAUGCGAGGCUUGGUCCAGUUCAUCGCCGAUUUGAGAAACGCCCGGGCUCGUGAGCUGGAAGAGAAGCGAAUCAACAAGGAACUGGCCAACAUUCGACAAAAGUUCAAGGACGGCAACCUCAGCGGCUACCACAAGAAGAAAUACGUCUGCAAGCUGCUCUACAUUUACAUCUUGGGCUGGGAUGUCGACUUUGGACACCUCGAGGCAGUCAAUCUCAUCUCGGCACAAAAAUACUCCGAGAAGCAGAUUGGCUACCUCGCCAUGACGCUCUUCCUGCACGAGAAGCACGAGCUGCUGCAUCUUGUGGUCAACAGCAUUCGCAAGGAUUUGCUGGAAAAUAACGAGCUUUUCAACUGCUUGGCUUUGCACGCAAUCGCCAACGUCGGAGGCCGGGAGAUGGGCGAGGCGCUCAGUUCCGAGGUUCAUCGCCUCCUCAUUUCACCGACUUCAAAAUCGUUUGUCAAGAAGAAGGCUGCCCUGACUUUGCUGCGGCUCUACCGCAAGCAUCCCGACAUCGUCUCCCCCCAGUGGGCCGAGCGCAUUGUUCACCUCAUGGAUGACACCGAUCUGGGGGUUGCCUUGUCUGUCACGUCACUCGUCAUGGCUCUCGCUCAAGACAACCUCGACGGAUACAAGGCGGCUUACGCAAAGGCAGCUGCGCGACUCAAGCGCGUCGUUAUCGAUGGCGAAUACACCACAGACUACCUCUACUACAAGGUUCCUUGUCCCUGGCUGCAGAUCAAGCUGCUGAGGCUCCUUCAGUACUUUCCACCCUCUGGUAUGUUCGGCUCCUAUGUCUAG